AUGACCUAGGAUGACUAUACCAAUCAUGUUGAAGAAGUUCUAAUCAGAAUCAUCUUGAUUACCAACACUCUGAGUGCAGUAGGAGCGACUUUGAUGAUCCUGACGUAUUUCAAAUUUAAAGAACUGCAAACAUUUGCAUUUCGAAUAGUCCUCUAUCUUAAUAUCUCUGAUGUAAUCUUGGCCUUAUCAAAUAUGCUAUUGGUAACUGAAGAUUUCAAUAAUGAGAACCCUAUAUUAUGUCUAAUUUAAGCGUAUCUCAUUAAUGCAUCCUAAUUGUCAUCAAUAAUAUGGACUGCCAUCAUAGCAUUUAUUUUAUAUUAGUCAUGUAUCAAGAAUCAAAACGAGCAGGCAUUGAAUGUUUGCGGCUACUUAUUAGUUGGAUUUUGUAUCCCAUUUUCUAUUUCGAUCUAUCCAUUCUUCACUCAUGACUAUGGAUUCGCCGGUAUCAGUUGUUGGAUCAAAGAAGAUAUUACCAAUCCUGUGAGAAGCACUAUCAUUAGAUACAUCAAUUUCUAUAUUCCAUUAAUUGUGAUCAUCCUCUAUAACUCAAGUGUGUACGUAUACAUCAUAUGCAAAUUAUAUGGAAUAUCACAAUAAUAAACCAAAUUUAUCUAUAAAAUGGUAUCUUACCCAUUGAUAUUGAUAAUAUGUUGGAUAUUUACAGCAUUCAAUAGAACCUAUGAGGAAAUCGCAUAAUAAUAAUAUAUAUGGUUGCUCUACCUCUCAAAGGCACUAUCUGGUUUGAUGGGGUUUUUCAAUUACCUAGGCUAUGGGUUCACUCCUUAAGUAAGGGAUUCUUGUUCUCUCUAUUGCUGCUAAAAGAACACAAAGACCUUCUCAGUUGAGUUAGAAAUGAAGCAUGAAUAAUCUAAUGAAAAUAAUCAAAAUACUGAGGAAGUAGACUCAAGAAAUUCGGUGAAUUCACAAAGAGACAGCGUCUAAGGAGAAUUAAGUUUUAUAGCUGAAUUGUAUUGA